UUUGUUCGUACUUCAUUUCAGGUGACCCAGAUCGAGUUUCACCAGCGAGCGCCAUCCGGCUGCCUGCAGUACCACCGCGAAGGCAACGGCGUGAUUCAAACAAUGAACUUCGCGGAGAACGGCCGACACCUCGCCAACCAAGACUACACCAUUUGUAUGCGCCAGGCUGAAGGCAUGUGCUCUAUCGUCUAUGAGCCCUGCGACGAAAACUCGUUCAAGAUUGGCCCGGCCAUACAGCAGCUUGACGACGCGGGAGGCUCGGGUGACAGCGCCAUCGGUGAAGCGAGGGAGCAGUGCAACGACAAGAUCGUCAUGCCCUGUGACUCGGAGGAGUUUCUGGCCGCAGAAGGUUUCAGUCCCUCGGGUUUGUGCGACCUUCUCCACUGCGGCAACUCGUUCUGCAGCCCAGGAGAGACUACGUGCAGAAUAGAGAGCAGCACGACGCCGUUCAACAUCCGGGUCAUGUUUGGUCCUGCCGUACGCGAGGAGUCACCAGAAGACAACCUCGGGAUGUGUCUUAAGUACGAACAGCAACCGUGUGUAUCGUGACGGCCCGACGGUGCGUCGUCAGAGAUGAUUUAUUUAUUUUAAAAUUUUGAGAGUGCUCAGGCAAGCUCUUUUGGCUGUGUAGCUUUGUGAACAAAGUGUCUGUCAUUGCAAAUAUUAUUUUCAAUAAUUUA